UCUUGGUCGUAAUCAACCCUUGAAAAAAGAGAAGCCAAAAUGGAAAAGUGAUUACCCCAUGACAGACGGACAGUUGCGCAGUAAGAGAGACGAGUUUUGGGACACAGCACCAGCUUUCGAAGGUCGCAAGGAAAUUUGGGAUGCCCUCAAGGCGGCUGCGCAUGCUUUCGAGAGCAAUGAUCACGAACUGGCACAAGCAAUCAUUGAUGGUGCAAACAUAACACUACCACACGGUGCUCUUACAGAGUGUUACGAUGAACUGGGCAACCGGUACCAGCUUCCCGUCUACUGCCUCGCCCCACCUAUCAACAUGAUAGAGGAGAAGGGCGAUUUGGAGACUCUGGAUAUUCCUGAUCCCCCACCCAAUUCAGGGCAUGAAUGCCAGCUUCGUUUGCGCCUGUCCACAGGCAAAGACCUCAAACUCAUGGUCCGCAGCAUGGACACGGUGUACCACAUGAAGAGGCGGCUGCACGCGGUGGAAGGAGUGGAGCCGGGCAGCCAGCGCUGGUUCUUCUCGGGCAGGCCGCUGGCAGACAAAAUGAAACUGGAGGAGCUGAAAAUUCCAAAGGACUACGUGGUGCAAGUCAUCGUGAGCCAGCCCUUAGCAAAUCCCACCCCGGUGGAAAACUGAUUUCUGCUUGUUUAUUGAUUCUUCUUUCUUCCGUCUCUGUCAUGGGGUUUGUUUUCACUGCCCUCUUAUUUUUUUUUUUUGGUUUGUUCUGCUAAUGGAUUGGUUCUAAGAAAUGACCAGCAAAAAUUCCAUCUGUGAUGGAGAUCUGCAAAAACAAAACAUGAAAAUGUAAACUGGCCUUUGGGGGUUGCCUGAUCUCAUAUUGAACACAACAGCAAGCAGCACAGGGCAAGGGCAAAGGAAGGAGCGGGAAGGGAAAAGAGAGGAGGUACAAAGAGGGAGGGAAGAGAUUGUUGUUCACUUAAACAGUACAAAUAUGUAAUGAU